AUGAACAUGGCAAACACAAGCACUGAAACACCAAAGGAUGAACAAGGGAACAGCUUACACCUGAAUGACACUGAAUUUGAUGAUGAAUAUGUUCCUUAUUUUAUAGGAUAUUUUUACAUCAUCAGUAUUGUCACUGCCUUUUCCUGCCUGGCUGGACUGAUGGGGAACGUGAAGGUCAUCUGGCUUCUCAGCUUCUGCAUUAAGAGGAAUCCUUUCACAACGUACAUCUUGAACCUGGCUGUAGCGGACCUUGGCACCCUUUUGAGUGACUUUGUUUUUAUGAUGGCCAUUACCUUUUUAACUAUUGAGUCAUACAUUUUCUUUGAAUUAGCGGAAGUCUUUAUGUUCUUCACAUAUAACACAAGCUGGUAUCUCCUGACAGCCCUCAGCCUGGAGAAAUGUCUCUCUGUGCUGCUUCCCGUCUGGUACCGAUGCCAUCGCCCGGAGAGGUCUUCUGCCAUGGUCUCCUUUCUCCUCUGGAUCCUCUCCAGCCUGCUUUGUGGAAUAUUAUUGUUAUGUCAUUUUCAGGGGUCACAUUGCACAGAGAUUCUGAACACUAUUUGCACUGUGAAUUUCUUGAUUUGCACUCCUGUUAUGAUUGUCUCCAGUUUGACUGCAUGGAUCACCAUCCGUCGUCACUCUCAGGGGCAUCAGCCACCCAGGCUGCACGUAGCUAUCUUGAUGACACUCCUGGUCUCCAUCAUUUUUGACAUUCCUCUGAGUAUUUCAUUUCUUUUUUUCACUUCUGAGGAUUUUUCUAUGGAAGAGCUGGAUGCCUCUUACCUCUUUGCAAAUAUCAACAGCAGCGUUAACCCCUUAAUUUACUACUUGGUUGGGAGAGACAGGAAACGUCAACCCAGAGAGUCCUUGAAGGUUGUGUUGCAAAGGCUUUUUAAGGAUGAAGGAGAUCCUAGAGAAGGUAAUUAG